AUGGAUGAUAUCUCUGGUGAGGAUAUAUGGUCUCUAGACAAUAUUCCAGCGUUACCUGGCACAGGCUACGAAUUAUUAUCCUGGGAUAUAUUCCCGGAUACCCGGAAAGAACAAUCAGGCCCAACAUGUCUGAGUGAAGCUGGUCCCCGUGGGUUUGACGCAGCUUUGAUACAUCGAGCCACAAAUACCGGUCUAGAGGAUUCAGGACGAGUUGCAAAGACUGAUGCUUUCAUCUCCUCGCUCUUCAAAUUGGGUCUCGGUUGGAACUCUGUGUUUUUCCGCUAUAACGAGCAGUCCCGCAAAUUUGAAAAGCAUCUGAGAGAUGUCCGCGUCUCGGGCAUUAGUUUACCUGCACUCGACGGCUUGACUGAAGGGAUCCUGGAAUGUGGAAUGUGGAUGCGAAAACUUCGUCGUUUUGUCGCUAGUGUGCCAUCUCAGUCAGGAUCGCCGCCUUCCCUGGCCAGUCUCGCUCGGGUGGUUUUCAUACUCCUAUACAGUAUUGAGGAUCAACUUUCAGCAAAAUCGAAGACAAAACCGACCUUGCUUCAGACGAAUAUGUACUUUAGACGGAUCAGCUGUCUUGUUAAAUGUCUAGUGGAUAUUGUUCAGAAUGCGACCAGGCUUACAGCUGAUGUACAGGUUGUUUCGAUGGUUUUUGCAAAGUGUGAUCACUACUCGAAUCAACAUUUGUGGCUUGCUGAUAUUUUCCACAAGAUCAUGGGUGCUACUUCCAGUUUAUGGCUGCAUCGUGCAGCUCAGUGGAUUGGCCUUCGACCAGCUGGCGGCCAGUUAAAUGCAUCUCAAGUGUUCGAUCCCGGAUACAUUGAUGAAUAUACCACUGAAGAAACGAUAUUUAAUCCAGAGUCAAUGCCGAGCUUCAUCCCCCGCGAAAAUGCAGAUGUUAUUUACGAGACUGGUGUGGGCCUGAAUUUGCUAAGGUCCUCCCACAAGGGCCAUCCGCUGGCCGAAAUGCACCAGAAGGAAAAUACAUCUUCCUUGACGCUAGAGUGGGGGUUAACAUGGGAAGAUAUCAACAACAUUCAGCUUAAAGCAAAGUGCUAUGAGGCCUGUCUGCGAAAUGAAAUCUUAAAAUACAACAGCACCCUCGGGAAAGCCGGUGAAGGGUCCGCGACACCAAAGGAAUACACGUUUGACUACCCGCAGGACAUAAAUAUCACCAUUGAUGAUAUAUACAAAAUCCCAGGCCCUGAGGACUGGCCUGAGUCCCAGAGUGAGAGCAUGAGUGACUGCCAGGUGAGGUCCAGCAGACUCUACGAGCUUGUAAUGGAAGGGUCAUGUGUCAAUAUCGAGAAGAGCCUUAUCGCAGAGCAUACGUUUGGCCCUCCCCUCGAGUUAGCGCCGUCACUUUCCUUUGCACCAGUCAUCUUGGCACAAAGCCAUCUUGUAAACUUUUCAUGCCUGCAUCUACUCUUCAAAGUCCACAAAGUUAGAGAUCACCUGCAACUGCAGGAGCGAUUUCAACUCCUUGGGAAUGCCGAGUUCCUGCUCCGUAUAUCCCUAGCCCUUUUCGAUCCGAACAUGCAUAGCGGUGAGCGAAAGUCUGGCGUUGCAAGGGGCGGUUCAUCUACAGGUCUACGACUUGGGAACCGAAAUUCCUGGCCUCCGGCAAGCUCUGAGCUUCGUCUGGUCCUGACGGGGUUACUCACUGAGUGCUAUGAAGGUAAUUCUAAUGGAGAGCACCAGCACUCAGGCGGCCCUAGUUCUGGAGACUUACCCGGAGGACUGAGCUUUUCCAUUCGUGAGCUUACUGGGGAAGAACUGGAAAGGUGCAAGAACCCACAUUCGCUUGAGGCCCUUGAUUUCCUUCGAAUACAUUAUACCCCACCUUCACCGCUGGAGGAAGUGAUAUCCCCUCUGAGCCUUGAGAAAUAUGACACAAUAUUCAAGCAGCUUCUUAGAUUGAUAAGGAUGCUCUCUGUUGUGAGGGACCUGGUUCGCAGCCCUCCGGGCCAACAGACAUCAAGCGUAGGAACACUUGAGCAGAGAUUUCGCAUGGAAUCAUUCCACUUUGUCCAAGUGGUGAGCGACUAUAGCUUCCAGGUCGGAAUAAACCACCCAUGGCAACAGUUUGACAAGAAGCUCUCGAAGAUAGAACGGUGCAUUGACGAGGGAGAUGUGGAAGGCACCAUCACACAUGCAAAGGGACUCCGGCGGCUGCGAGAAUACCACGAAAGGGUUCUCGACCGAAUUAUUCUGACGCUGUUUCUGAACAAGAGCCAGCUAAAGGCGCGGAACAUGCUUGAAGACGUUCUCCGGUCCAUCCUAGCGUACUCCUUCCACGUCAAGGCGUAUCAGGAGCGAUUGGACAUCGCGACAGCAGCGGGCAGGAUGCCGUCGUCCAAGACAACGGCGUACUACAACCGGUCGGUUCGGGAGUUGUACUCGCGGUUCAAAAAGCAAGUAGGCGGCUUCAUCCGCUUUUUACGUAGCUUGGAGGCAGGCGGUCUCAAGAAUAUGAUUGAUCACGAUGACGACAUGGAUGCGUCGGCCGAUAUAGAUCUGAACAGCAUUUUUGAGCAUCUUCUCUUACGACUCGACAUGAACGAGCACUAUUGA